AUGAUCGGCAAGUUGUCUCUCGUGGCAGCUGUGGUCGCCCAGUGUCUGCCUGGGUUCGCCAGGACCAUCGAGCAAGAAACCGUGAAAGUAACAACAUCUGACACGGUUCGACGCGGCGAACUGGCCAAUGUCCAUCUCAAUUGGCUUCGAGAGCCACCAAGCUUGAUCGAGUCGACGUUUGCCUCUUGUGAUGGUCAGGCAUCUGCCAAAGAGCAAAUAAUUGCGCAUUUCUCUAUUCUAGAUGAGCCUCCUCAAAGAUUGGUCUGGGCGGUUCCCGAAGACGCUCCAACGCAUCACUGUGUGUAUGUUUAUGGGCGCAAAAUGUUAGACAGUACGCAAAUUUUGCUGGGUAAAAGCAGCCCUGUGUCUUUGAAAAAGAAGCCGAAAAAGCGAUCAACAGCAGACACGAACAUUCCAUUGCUGAAAGACUUUGAUUCUCUAGGAACUUGGUUUGACGGGGUAGCCAAUAUCAAGGACAAACUUGAAUCCACCGGAGGAGUCACUACAGGGAGCUCGCCAAGGAAUACUUCUAUUGCGAUCGUUGGUGGAGGUAUCUCUGGUCUCGCAACAGGCCUGAUGCUGGACAGUGUCGGCGUGCACAACUGGGAGAUCAUCGAGGCCAGCGACCGUGUUGGGGGCAGAUUCCGAACCAAAUAUGUGGCAGAUACACAGGAAUGGGCUGAGAUGGGACCGAUGAGGUUGCCAUACUCUGUGACAUACAAAGACGACAAUGAUACUCUUCUGUACUCUGACCACCAAUUGACCUUCCAAAUGGCAAACAUCUUGAACGACAUGAACAAAAAUGCUUCGCAAUGGAAGAUCGACUUCAUUCCCUGGAUCCAACAUAGUCCCAACGAGUUACUUGCUCAGGGGACUCGUCGCCAUCCAGAUGGAAGAAUUCCAACGCGCGCCGAAGUCGAGGCAGAUCCAAGUCUGGAGGACGCGCCUGCUAUUACCACGGCAGAGUUCAACAACACUCAGGAUCAGAUGGACAAGAUUUUGAAGAACGAAACGACUCUCAAGUCUCUUCAAACGGAUGUGUGGAGAGCCCACAAGAUUGCCAUGGACCAGGGCCUCGAUGACUGGAGCGAACAGGCUAUGAUGCGACAUGUCUUCAAGGCCAGCGAGAAUGUUACUGAUGAGAUCUGGACUUCAUCCGACUAUGAUGUGUUCUGGGAUGAGUUACACCACAACUCCAACCUGGGCUUGGAUGGCACAAAGGGCAGCUUGGGAGAAACUCAAUGGCUAUGUAUCGAUGGAGGAUUCAACCGUCUAUCUGACGCCUUUCUUCCACACAUUCGCGACAGACUCACCCUCAACCGGAAAAUCAGAAAGUUGGAACCCAUCCAGGACGGCAACGGCAACACUCGCACCCGACUUUCCUGGUAUCCCAGUGUCUCGAAUCGAACAUACGAGUCCAAAGAAUAUGACUACACGAUCAUGGCCACACCAUUCACCAUGACCCGCUUCAUGGAUUUGCCAAAGUUCUCAUCGGUCCUUGAUCGUGCCAUCAGCGAAGCUGGUGUCCGCUUCAAGUCUGCUUGCAAAGUGGCCCUCCUAUUCUCCGAACGAUUCUGGGAAAAGGGCGACCGACCCAUUUUUGGCGGAUAUUCCAAACCGCCAAGCGACCCCAUCGGUGCUCUCUACUACCCGGUCUACGGUCUCAACGAGUCACGUCCAGGCCUGAUAAUGCACUACCGAGGCGGCGACUGGAGUGACCGGUUUGUAAGUUUCUCCGACGAAGAGCACGUUCAGACAGUACUUGACUCAAUCGUCAGUCUGCAUGGCGAGCAAGCGCGAGACCUGUAUACGGGUGAUUACGAGCGGCUCUGUUGGCUCGAGGAUGAACAUACUGCGACUUCGUGGUGCCGCCCGGAUGUAGAGCAGCAUAAAUUGUACAUUCCUGCUUAUCAUCAGACGGAGCAUAACACCAUUUUCAUUGGUGAGCAUACUGCACCUACGCAUGCUUGGGUAAGUUCUUCUUUGCAGUCCUCCGUUCGUGGCUCUAUUCAGUUGCUUUUGGGGCUUGGGUUGGUUGAUGAGGCGAAGGAGUUGAACCAGCGGUGGAUGGGAAGAUGGAUUAAACUGUAG